CGACCCAACCACACCCUGGAGCUACCCUCCAUUUCACAGCGACCCCACCACACCCUGGACCUACCCUCCAUUUCAACGACCCCACCACACCCUGUACCUACCCUCCAUUUCACAGCGACCCCACCACACCCUGGACCUACCCACCAUUUCACAGCGACCCAACCACACCCUGGACCUACCCUCCAUUUCACAGCGACGCCACCACACACUGGACCAACCCUCCAUUUCACAGCGACCCCACCACACACUGGACCUACCCUCCAUUUCACAGCGACCCCACCACACCCUGGACCUACCCUCCAUUUCACAGCGACCCCACCACACACUGGACCAACCCUCCAUUUCACAGCGACCCAACCACACACUGGACCUACCCUCCAUUUCACAGCGAUCCAGCCACACACUGGACCUACCCUCCAUUUCACAGCGAUCCAGCCACACCCUGGACCUACCCUCCAUUUCAAAGCAACCCCACCACACACUGGACCUACCCUCCAUUUCACAGCGACCCCACCACACCCUGGACCUACCCUCCAUUUCAUAGCGACCCCACCACACCCUGGACCUACCCUCCAUUUCACAGCGACCCAACCACACACUGGACCUACCCUCCAUUUCACAGCGACCCCACCACACACUGGACCUACCCUCCAUUUCACAGCGACCCCACCACACCCUGGACCUACCCUCCAUUUCUGGACCUACCCUCCAUUUCACAGCGACCCCACCAAACACUGUUGCUUCCAUGA